GAGUGCGGCGCAGGUGGCGUGCGGACGGAGACGCGCCCGAGAGCAGCGCCUGCCUUCGGUCUUCGGUCGUUUGCGCCGAGGAGAUUAAUAAUCAAGAUCGCCGAGUCCGUCUCUGUCUCGCUCGCUCGAUGUUUUGAGGAGGAAAGCAGUGGCAGCAGAAGCAGAAAUCGAAGGUCCGCACGGAAGGGAGGGAGCAAAGAAAGAGGAAGGAAAUUGAUCGGCAGCCGAGCGAGGAAGUAGUAGCGCCGGGGAGCGAAAAUGCAGCGGAGUGCCGGAAGAGUGGCCAAGCGCGUCUUGGCGCAGGCAGCGGGGGCCACACAGGUCGCCGCCCCAGCUCCGGGCUCGACGUCCCCGAAUCAUCCCGGUGCUGCCGCUGGCCUCGUCCGUCAAUUGUCCGCGCUGCCUUGGAGUCCUCCCGUCUCGAUCGACUCGAUCAAUCCGAAGGUUAUAAAGACUGAAUAUGCUGUUCGGGGGGAGAUCGUAUCUCGUGCUCAGCUCUUGCAACAAGAACUAUCUUCGAAAGCAUCCUCCCUGCCAUUUUCAGAGAUCGUUUCUCUGAAUAUUGGCAAUCCUCAAUCACUCGGUCAGCAACCAGUAACAUUUUUCCGCGAGGUUCUUGCUUUAUGUGACUAUCCUGCUCUACUUGAAAAAGAUGAGAGUCAUGCACUUUUCAGUUCGGAUGCAAUUGCAAGGGCAUACAGGAUUGUCGAAAGUAUUCCUGGGAGAGCCACUGGAGCAUAUAGUCACAGUCAGGGAAUCAAAGCUAUUCGGGAAGAAAUCGCUGCAGGAAUUGCAGCUCGAGACGGGUUUCCGGCGAAUGCGGAUGAUAUAUUCCUAACGGACGGAGCGAGUCCAGGAGUACAUAUGAUGAUGCAGAUGCUGAUUUCCUCGGAGCAAGAUGGUAUAUUGUGCCCGAUACCACAAUACCCUUUGUACUCAGCGUCAAUCGCGCUGCAUGGUGGCACUUUGGUCCCGUACUACUUGAAUGAGAGCUCAGGUUGGGGUCUUGAGAUUUCCGAAUUGAAGCAACAGUUAGAUGCGGCUCGGGCCUCGGGAACAAGAGUGCGUGCUCUUGUUGUAAUCAACCCCGGAAAUCCAACGGGCCAGGUGUUGACAGAACAAAAUCAGCGAGAAGUGGUACAAUUUUGCAGGGAUGAAGGCCUUCUGCUACUUGCAGAUGAGGUAUAUCAAGAAAACAUCUAUGAGGAGACCAAAACAUUCCACUCAUUUAAGAAAGUUGCCAGGAGCAUGGGUUUUUUUGACAAAGAUCUGAGUCUUGUUUCUUACCACUCAGUUUCUAAAGGCUAUUAUGGGGAGUGUGGAAAGAGAGGAGGUUACAUGGAAGUAACAGGCUUGGAUGCCGAGGUGAGAGAUCAGCUGUACAAGGUUGCCUCCGUGAACCUUUGCUCAAAUAUCACCGGCCAGAUUUUGAUGAGCUUGGUUAUGAAUCCUCCCAAGCCAGGAGAUGAAUCUUAUGACAACUUUACGAAAGAACGUGACGGUAUUCUUUCCUCACUAGCCAGAAGAGCUCAGCUUAUGACGGAUGCGAUGAAUAAGCUAGAGGGCGUGACGUGCAACAAGGCAGAAGGUGCAAUGUAUGUUUUCCCGCGCUUGAAUUUGCCAGAGCGUGCGAUGAAGGCAGCGGCUGCAGUCCAAAUGCUUCCUGAUGUAUUUUACGCUCGACGCUUACUAGACGCCACAGGAAUUGUUGUUGUCCCAGGUUCAGGAUUUGGCCAGGUGCCUGGAACUCAUCAUUUUAGGUGCACUAUCUUGCCGCAAGAAGGAAAGUUACCCGAUGUUAUUGCCAAGUUCACUCAAUUCCACGAGAGAUUUAUGGAAGAAUUCCGGGACUGAUGUGCUAGGACAAACGUUUUCGGAACUCAGCAUUCCGAUACUUAUCCCCGGUAAACGGGUUCAAAACUUGCGGAGAGAAGUAAGUUUUCUAGCUGCGGGUUUUCUUGGCUGUUCGUGAACUUCACUGGCUGUGUGGAUUGUAUAUACUGUGCACCCUUGGCUCUUUUUAUCAGGUGAUGUGCUGAUAAAAAGUGCAUAUGUCAUAAGUGGACUCCUGGUCUAAGAUACAAUAUCCACAAGCACUCACCUCUCAUGGGAAUCCUUACAACUGUUGCUAGUUUUAGGUCUUAUCUCAUGAUAUGUCAACCUCGCCAUACUUCGCCUGUGAAGGAAACUUUGCAACGGUGUCACACCAAGUCCCUCGGAUGAACUCCCCACCCGGUACCGCCUGAUAGUUCAAACUGUUGUGUCCACAUAUGACAAUAGUGGCUCAGUACAUGAGCAGCUUUCUUUUUCGAGGUUGCAACGAGGAUGCAACCUCGGGCCAAAACCAGUUGUGGUCUGUGCUUCCGUUUGUCGCGUUUAAUUUCGAUUUCAAAUCUGUUAAAGGGCAAAUACUAUUCUGGAACAAUGUAAUCUAUUGAAGGAAGUGAGGAACUUAACACCCAAAGAACUGAAAGAUUUUGAGUCAAGGAACUGAAAAACAGUCGCUAAGUGUAUUGAGUUGUCUGAUGUGGAUUUGACAUGGUUCGAAGAUGCUCCAGUUUCGCGUAUAUGAAUGAAAGAAAUCCACCGUGGAAGGUGCUAAAGCUUUCACUGU